CCUGCUCGAAGACUAUCACUUUUUCCCCCAGCAGCUGGCCACCGCCUCCUGCGCUACAGGAGACCUGUAAAGCAUCUCCAGAAGGAACCAUGAAGAGACUCUAACAUCCAUACGUUAACACAACGCGAUCCAAACCACCAGCUAUGAAUCAUGUGGCUGAGAUUUAUCUCCCAUUUGAUUGUGAGCGUCCUCGUUUCCGGGCUCCGGUCCUCCAUCAGCACAGCAUCGCUUGUGGAGAAUGAGCCUAGUGGGGAUGCUGUAUUAGUGCGGGUGGAGCAGGAUGCUACUGCGCCAGCACACACACAGAACAGGAGCGGUCAGGAGGUCGAACACACAAUCACCUACCCUUCUCGCCUCAUCUACUACCUGAACGAAGACUCAGAGAGCACCUACCAUAACCUCAACACCUGGGCCAAGACCCCUGGCCAACAGGGCCAGGUGGUUCAUUUGGCCCUAGCCACCUUUCAGCUUGAGGCCUUCGGGUCCAGAUUCAUACUGGACCUCACAUUAAAUAAUGACCUACUGUCCUCCGAUUAUGUGGAGAUUCACUACGAGGACAACAAACCCAUCCAGUCAAAGGGUGGUGAACACUGUUAUUACCGUGGUCAGGUGAGAGGGGUUGAGGCCUCUCGUGUCGCUCUGUCAACCUGUAAUGGCUUGCAUGGCAUGUUUGAUGAUGGAGUUCAUGUGUAUCUGAUUGAGCCUUUGAAACAGACUCACUCUAUUGAUGGAGCUGCUAGACCGCAUAUGUUGCGCAGGACACCUAGUUUGCUGCAAUCUCGUGACCCAGAGGAUGGAGGAGACGAGGAGGAGCUGUUGCUUUCUGAGAUGGAUGAUAUGUCUUGGCUCCAGCGCAGGAAAAAGCGAGCUAUGCCAAGGAAUGUGUUUGAAGAGAUGAAGUACAUAGAGCUCAUGAUUGUCAGUGACCACAACAUGUUUAAGAGGCAGAAAACCAAGCAGCAGACUCGGAACUUUGCAAAGUCUGUGGUCAACCUGGUGGAUGCCAUCUUUAAAGAACACUUAAACACACGUGUAGUCCUGGUUGCUAUGGAGAUCUGGACAGAUAAGGACCAUAUUCCAAUCAGUGUGAUGCCACUGGAUAUGCUGCGAGACUUUUCUAAAUAUCGUCAGCAGCACAUCAAGCAGCACACAGACGCUGUUCACCUGUUCUCCAAUGUGACUUUUCACUACCGCCAGAGCAGCGCCGCAUUCUUUGGAGGGAUGUGUUCAGUUAGUCGUGGUGUCGGAGUGAAUGAGUACGGGUCUACAUGGACAAUGGCUGUAUCGCUAUCCCAGAGUCUGGCCCAGAACCUCGGCAUUCGGUGGGAUCCAGCAGCCAGAAAGAGCAAGGAGUGUGGAUGUGUGGACUCUUGGGUGGGCUGCAUCAUGGAAGACACAGGAGUGCAGCACCCUAGAAAGUUCUCUAAAUGCAGCAUAUCAGACUAUAAAGAGUUCCUUCUGAAGGGAGGAGGAUCCUGCCUCUUCAACAGACCCACCAAGCUGUUUGAGCCAACGGAGUGUGGCAAUGGUUACGUGGAAGUGGGAGAGGAGUGUGACUGUGGAGUGAGAGCCGAGUGCUAUAAGGAAUGCUGCAAGAAAUGUUCUUUGUCUAACGGAGCGCACUGCAGUGAUGGACCCUGCUGCAACAACACCUGUUUGUUUUACCCCCGAGGCUACGGCUGCCGCUAUGCAGUGAAUGACUGUGAUAUUUCAGAGACGUGCUCAGGAGACUCUGGACAGUGCCCUCCGAACCUACACAAACAGGAUGGCUACUUCUGCCAUCUCAACCAGGGACGCUGCUACAGUGGGGAAUGUAAAACCAGAGAAAGCCAGUGCAAAUAUGUAUGGGGGCCAAAGUCUGGGAGCUCAGAGAAGUUCUGCUAUGAGAAGCUGAACACUGAAGGAUCUCAGAAAGGGAACUGUGGUGAAAAUGGAGAGAAAUAUAUUCAGUGCAGCAAGCAUGACGUGUUUUGUGGGCUUCUGCUGUGCACUAAUGUUGGGCAAAUGCCACGUAUUGGAUUAAUAAAGGGAGAGAUCACCCCCACAACCUUCAACCACCAAGGUCAGCUAAUUGAAUGCAGUGGUGGUCAUGUGUUAUUGGAUGAUGACACUGAUCUGGGUUAUGUGGAGGAUGGGACUCCAUGUGGGCCGUCCAUGAUGUGCCUUGACCGUAAGUGUCUGCCCAUUCAAUCCCUCAACAUGAGUGCCUGCCCUACAGGCCCCAAUGGACACAUCUGCUCAAACCACGGGGUUUGCAAUAAUGAAGCGACAUGUACAUGUGAUGCGACAUGGGCAGGGACUGACUGCAGCAUGCCUGAUCCACCCAAAAAGCCCGCUCCCAGCGAAGAUGAAGGACCAAAAGGUCCUAGUGCCACCAAUCUGAUCAUAGGCUCCAUCGCUGGGGCCAUCCUGGUGGCAGCCAUAGUGCUGGGGGGGACAGGCUGGGGGUUUAAAAAUGUCAAAAAGCGACGAUACGACCCGAAUGCCGCCGCCAUCUAGUGGAGAGAGAGGAACACGACCCUCUGUUGCUUCUUUAGUCUACAGCUGGACUGCAAUUGUUGCUGCUCUUUUCUGGCAUUAGUUACUUGAAAAUAUUAUUAUAUAUAAUAGAGGAGAACUUAACAGACCACAUCUUUGUUGUGCAGCUUCUCAGCUCCACCCUAUUUUUAACCCCCAACUCACUGAAAUAUCUUUGUAGCCUGGCCCCUUCUAUCAUACCAACGAACCAAACCAUCCACAAUGGCAUGACCCCACAGACUACCAGAUAAUAUUGGCACCUUGGCCAAAGGGCUGCCUGUCUACUACUGCAUUCAGAAAGUUAAGAGAACAGAACAUUCAUCCAUGUAAACAAAGGAGAAUGAAAAAUAUGCCCUUUCACACUGAUAGGAGACGAUUUUCGCUGCUUCUCUAGGGAUUUGGGAAGUGGAAACUGGUUCUAGAUUAUUAUGAAAGCAUGACUUUUACUUACAGAACUGCAUCUACUCUAGGCCUCAUUAUAAAUACACAAGCACUCCUACUCCCACAAUCCCUUUUGUGGUUAGUUUGAGGUGAGUCCAGCUACAUAUAGGCCUUAACGAAUUACACAUAUCACUUAGAGACAAGGAAUAGGCUGGACUCUACACCUACAUUGGUGGAGAAUGAGUUAAGGUGCUGAUCUAUAAGAACAUAUCAUUUUACACUGACUAAAUGUUUCAGCUUUAGUUUUGGUUUUAUUAAGCAUGUAUAGUGGGUAGUGUCUGAAACAUACAUUCAAAAUUAUCAUUAUGUUUUGCCCAAUCAUUGACCCUUAACACAAAAUUAUCACUGUAAAUGUAAUUUAAUCAUUUUCGAUAAAUUGUGCUGAGUAUAAAUAUGUACAUUGAGGGCCAUUAACCUAGCCAUUACCUGUGCUGAGGGGAGCAAAGGAAAUCAUAGGCUAAGUUACUAUACAGGAUGCUGUUUUCCAUUAUCGAGUUUGAUUCUAGUAGUGACUCAAAGCCAAAGAAUAUAAAAGGAAUGUGUGCAGGUAUUUGGAUAUUGUACACGAAGCACUUUUGCCCCUUAUUUCUGUGGUCCAUAGGGCUGUAAAUGGAGGAGGUUUCCCCUGUAAUGUUAAACAGUUACCAGAAAAUUUUGUUAUUUGAGAUACAUCCCUGGCAGUUUCACAUUGUGCCACCAAUGUACCAUCCUGGGGGGAAUGUAUAAUCAUACAAAUGCACAUGUAAACAUGCAAUGUUUCAUUCAGACCUCAUUCACAACACUUCAUUUAGCUCUCUCAGCUAAGCCCAUAGGGCUGAUCGCUUUGCUGCAUGCAUUCACUAUAGUGGACUUAUUAAUAUAUAAGGGAGACCACAAAACUCAUAAAAAACUAUACUACAGAGGGAUGCUGUACUAAGAGUGCAUGUCAGCUACAGAACUAACUUUUAUUUACUAUGCAAAGAAAAUAUUGCACAAACCCAAAGGGUUGUUUGGUGUGAUAAUGAACACAGUAUCAUUAUAUACAGACCGAGGUUGCCAGUAAGGCACUUUUCCUUUUAUAAGAUUUAGCCAAAAUAUUAUAGGUAUCACUGCGCUUCAUACUAAAGAAAAUGCUUGACAGAGCUCAUAAGAGUCUUGAAUGAAUGUAUUUUACUUCUAUGGGAAUGAAUGUAUUGGGUUUUGAAUAAGUCCUGUAAUUACUUAUCUAUGUGCUGUUUCAGGUGAGGCUUUAAAAUCUCACUUUUUAAUUUUUUUUCAUUAAUGAACCACUAUUCCUGGGUGAGCUGUCCCCACCACCAUGUUCAUUCACAGUACAUGUACAGAAAAAAAUCAUUCAAAAUAAAAUAAUGAUCAAUAAACUCUAAAUAUUUUGAAUUUUUCAUAUGUAUUUCUAUUUCUUCUAUUCACUUGAGAGUAUCCUGUGUUUGCAUUACUGAGUUAGCCUAUUGUAUAAACGAAGUGAGACAGAUUCCUAAGAGCAGGUGGUUACAUAAAGCAGUAACCUACACAUUCAGUUAGACUUAAUUAAAUCAUAGUUCAAACAAGUGCAUCCUUAAAAGCCCUUGAUGCACGUGGAGCGGGUCUACAGCUGCACACAAUUUCACAAAGCCUAAGAGUCUGUGCACUUAUAUCCAGUAAGUAAAUAUUGGAGUAGACGACGUAAACCACUAUGUUGUCAUUCCCCUUUAAGUUUCAUAAUAACCACAAUAUGCCAAUGGUUCAGCACUCUACAUGGUUGUGCCGUCAUUGUUCCUGUCCAUAAUAACUGUAACCUUAUGAUUUGCCACUAAAUGUAAUGAA